GCCAAACCGUCUAUGAGUGGGACCAGACAGUUGACGAGAUAGAGCUUUUCGUUCCGCUUCCCGAAGGAGUGCCCGCAAAAAUGUUCACGUGCCAAAUAGCGCAACGGCACAUCACGGUCGGCAUCAAGGGCAAUCCGCCUUACUUGGACCACGACCUAGCGGGGGCUGUGAAGGUGGACGACAGCUUCUGGACCAUUG